GGUUCAACUCCUUCAACCUCGGCUUGGUCGAGUCAAGCGCCCACUGCGCUCUUGCCCAUUGCGGCCAUUUCUGUCACCACCAUCCUUGCACGAACAGACGUGCAACGCCACGUUGCCGAUCUUCAACCCUGAACCUCCUUUCCGCUGCCUGACGACCCUGGCCCCAACGACAGUCUUGGUCGUUGCCUCCGCAAAAAUACCCAGGAUGCUUCGGUUUUCUUGCUUGCAAUACUUUAGCGCAUCAUACUGCUAAUAAGCAAACGCGGCAACUGCUGAGACGUCUGCAGAGAGCGAUCGACAGGGUGAGUCUAGGGCACCAUCCAAAACAUACAAUAGCCUGCUCAAUCACGAAUGGAUCCACCAUAUCUUCUCCCGGCCUUUUUAUUCUCAUUCUGCCGAGACUUGCACUACACUUCUACUGAUAAUGGAGGAUCGAAGUGGGCAGGUGUUGAGUAUCGCCAUCUCAUUCUUUGUCUUGACUUGGGUCACCGUUGGCCUUCGGUGCUAUGUGAGGAUCUUCAUGGUAAAGGGCUUCGGCAUAGAUGACUUCACCAUGGUCGCAACGCUAUGCUUCUUUACAAUAUACUCGGUGUGCCAGAUCGCCGGCGCAGCCAACGGUACAGGCGUACGCCGCGAAAAACUCUCAGAUGCAAGCGCACAAACGGCUCUCCGCUUCUGGUUCCUCUGCGAGGUCUUCUAUACACUUACCACGUGUAUGCUGAAAAUCUCGGUUGGCUUCUUCCUUUUGCGCAUCACCAUCGUUCCCAUCCACGUUUGGAUCAUCCGGAUCAUCAUGGCCGUCUCAGCAGUCCUGGGAGUUGCAUAUACUUCAGUGGUCAUCUUUCAGUGCAGACCCGUCUCAUUUUGGUGGGAUCUAAAUCCGAAUCAUACUGGUACCUGCCUGUCAUCGACAUUGGUCAUGAACUUUACCUUUGUCGUUUCUGGUCUCAAUGCAUUUGCGGAUUGGACUUUUGCGCUCCUGCCUGUCCUCAUCGUCAAGGACUUGCACAUGAAGAUGCGCAUGAAGGUUAUAGUAGCCUUGGUUAUCGCGGUGGCAGCCAUUGGUUCGACAGCAACCAUCGUCCGCCUUCCUUACACCAAGUCACUUAACGGGUAUAAAGGCGACUUCCUCUACCGGACGACCGACUUUGCCAUUUGGAGCACAGUCGAAGUAGGAUUGGGCAUAGCAGCCGGCUCCGUUGCGACACUGCGGCCACUGAUGAAACAAGCUUUUGAAAUUACUCGCUCCGCCUCAGCGCUGCCGUGGAGCAAACGUUCCAACAAGUCAGGUCAGCUGCAGUCGGGGCAGGAACUUAGCGAUCUUAAGCCAUCCGUUCAGAAGUCCAUUCAGAAAUCAGUCACAAUCACAACCUCGCGAGCUCGAAGGGAAAGUGCUGGGUCUGACGAGGAACAAUUUUUGGCCUCAAGUAUACCCUCAGAAUCAUGGCAGCGUCAACAGGGUCUGCCCGGCUACAUCACCUCCAACGUCAUAAGCGACCGCGUGGCGCCUUCUACAGCAGAGAAAGGUCGUGGGCACAUUGCGGACCUGGAACGAAGAGGUAGUCCUGGUGGAGCCAGCGACAUGACUAUUGACAGCAAAGACACAAGAAACGCAACAAAGGGGUACGGAAGUUUUCUAGCAUGAGAAAUUGAAUAAUAGUGCUCCAUAAUAGACAUCUCUGCCU